CGCCGCCUCCGCCCGCCGCCCCGGCCGCGUCGGGUAAACCUGUUUGGCGGCCGCGCCGGGGCGGAUCGUGCGGCCGGCGGCUCCCUCGCGGCUCGCGGCGUCGGGGCCCGUGGCGCGCGCGCGGCCGCCCCUCGGCCCCGGAGCCCCUCGGCGGCGCCACCAUGUACUCGGGAGCCGGCCCCGCGCUCGCGCCUCCCGCUCCGCCACCGCCACCCAUCCAAGGAUAUGCCUUCAAGCCUCCACCCAGACCCGACUUCGGGACCUCCGGGAGAACAAUCAAGUUACAGGCCAACUUCUUUGAAAUGGACAUUCCAAAAAUUGACAUCUAUCACUAUGAGUUGGAUAUCAAGCCAGAGAAAUGCCCAAGGAGAGUUAACAGGGAAAUAGUGGAACAUAUGGUUCAGCACUUUAAAACACAGAUCUUUGGGGAUCGGAAACCAGUGUUUGACGGAAGGAAGAAUCUCUACACAGCGAUGCCCCUUCCGAUCGGGAGGGAUAAGGUGGAGCUGGAGGUCACGCUGCCGGGAGAAGGGAAGGACCGCAUCUUCAAGGUGUCCAUCAAGUGGGUGUCCUGCGUGAGCUUACAGGCGUUACACGAUGCACUUUCGGGGCGGCUGCCCAGCGUCCCCUUUGAGACGAUCCAGGCCCUGGAUGUGGUCAUGAGGCAUCUGCCGUCCAUGAGGUACACCCCCGUGGGCCGCUCCUUCUUCACGGCAUCCGAGGGCUGCUCCAAUCCUCUGGGCGGGGGCCGAGAGGUGUGGUUUGGAUUCCAUCAGUCUGUCCGGCCUUCUCUCUGGAAGAUGAUGCUGAAUAUCGACGUCUCGGCGACAGCGUUCUAUAAGGCACAGCCAGUCAUUGAGUUUGUUUGUGAAGUCUUGGAUUUUAAAAGUAUUGAAGAACAACAGAAACCUCUGACAGAUUCCCAAAGGGUCAAGUUUACCAAAGAAAUCAAAGGUCUAAAGGUGGAGAUAACGCACUGCGGGCAGAUGAAGAGAAAGUACCGCGUGUGUAACGUGACCCGGCGGCCGGCCAGCCACCAGACGUUCCCGCUGCAGCAGGAGAGCGGGCAGACGGUGGAGUGCACGGUAGCCCAGUACUUCAAGGACAGGCACAAGCUGGUUCUGCGCUACCCCCACCUCCCGUGUUUACAAGUCGGACAGGAGCAAAAACACACCUACCUUCCCCUGGAGGUCUGUAACAUAGUGGCGGGACAGAGAUGUAUAAAAAAGCUGACCGACAAUCAGACCUCAACCAUGAUCAGAGCGACUGCCAGGUCAGCCCCCGAUCGGCAGGAAGAGAUUAGCAAGCUGAUGAGAAGUGCCAGUUUCAAUACAGAUCCAUAUGUUCGUGAAUUUGGAAUCAUGGUCAAAGAUGAGAUGACAGAUGUGACCGGACGGGUCCUCCAGCCGCCCUCCAUCCUCUACGGGGGCAGGAAUAAGGCAAUUGCCACCCCUGUCCAGGGCGUGUGGGACAUGAGGAACAAGCAGUUCCACACGGGCAUUGAGAUCAAGGUGUGGGCCAUUGCCUGCUUCGCCCCCCAGCGCCAGUGCACGGAGGUGCACCUCAAGUCCUUCACGGAGCAGCUCAGAAAGAUCUCAAGAGACGCGGGCAUGCCCAUCCAGGGCCAGCCGUGCUUCUGUAAAUACGCCCAGGGGGCGGACAGCGUGGAGCCCAUGUUCCGGCACUUGAAAAACACGUAUGCUGGCCUGCAGCUGGUGGUGGUCAUCCUGCCGGGGAAGACCCCCGUUUACGCCGAGGUCAAGCGUGUGGGAGAUACCGUGCUGGGCAUGGCCACGCAGUGCGUGCAGAUGAAGAACGUGCAGAGGACCACGCCGCAGACCCUGUCCAACCUCUGUCUGAAGAUCAACGUCAAACUGGGCGGCGUGAACAACAUCCUGCUGCCACAGGGGAGGCCUCCGGUGUUCCAGCAGCCUGUCAUCUUUCUGGGGGCGGAUGUCACUCACCCCCCAGCUGGGGACGGGAAGAAGCCAUCUAUCGCUGCCGUCGUGGGCAGCAUGGACGCCCACCCGAACCGCUACUGCGCCACCGUGCGCGUACAGCAGCACCGCCAGGAGAUCAUCCAGGACCUGGCGGCCAUGGUGCGCGAGCUGCUCAUCCAGUUCUACAAGUCCACGCGCUUCAAGCCCACCCGCAUCAUCUUCUACCGCGACGGCGUCUCCGAGGGGCAGUUCCAGCAGGUUCUCCACCACGAGUUGCUGGCCAUCCGUGAGGCGUGCAUUAAGCUAGAGAAGGACUACCAGCCAGGCAUCACGUUCAUCGUGGUCCAGAAGAGACACCACACGCGGCUUUUCUGCACAGACAAGAACGAGAGGGUUGGGAAGAGCGGAAACAUUCCAGCAGGCACAACCGUGGACACGAAAAUCACCCACCCGACUGAGUUUGACUUCUACCUGUGUAGUCAUGCUGGCAUCCAGGGAACAAGCAGGCCCUCCCACUACCACGUGCUGUGGGAUGACAACCGCUUCUCCUCCGACGAGCUGCAGAUCCUCACCUACCAGCUGUGUCACACCUAUGUGCGCUGCACGCGCUCCGUGUCCAUCCCGGCCCCAGCGUACUAUGCUCACCUGGUGGCCUUCCGGGCCAGGUACCACCUGGUGGACAAAGAACAUGACAGUGCUGAAGGAAGCCACACCUCCGGGCAGAGUAACGGACGCGACCAUCAGGCGUUGGCAAAGGCCGUGCAGGUCCACCAGGACACGCUGCGCACCAUGUACUUUGCUUGACAUGUUCCAGUGUUUACGAUUGUGUACCGAGUGGGAUUCACAUGAGACCAGCUACACUCAGACCAACCAAUGCCCAGCCCUUCCGUGACAGCCAGCAUCGAACAUGACACGUCAUCCAUUUUAGUAGAUUCUCCGUUUUCCAGAAUGCCUUCCGUCCCAGACUUCAAACUUGGAUUUUGAACUGCAGACCUGUAUGAGACCCCCAUUGUCGUAGGAAAUAUGGUUUGCCAAAAUCUUAUAAGCUGCUUAUUGAAAUAGAGUCCCGUGUUUCCUAAAAAUUUCCUAAAACCAGUUUAUGAACUCAGGGCUUUAAAACAUUUUUAAUUUAUUUGGUCAUUUAAUUUACUUGUUUUUAACACAUGAUUCUCUAUGAAAUUGAUGGGCUCAAACUAGCUGUGAACGUUCUAUGAGAGUGAAAGCAACACAAAACACGCUGUGGUUUUAAAGCCUUGAACCUUCUGACGUUGUCACUAAAGUUUGUUUCAGAGUGACGCCGACGCACUCCUGACCUGGCUCCCACCAGCUGUCCGGGACCCGAGGGCAGGGGCCAGGCGAGACGCCUGGCGUCUCUCGUUCUGCCACCGGCCGCCUUCCACGCAGCUCGAAGGAGGACAUGGUGGCAGAAGAUGGGCCGUGUGUGUUUAUAACAUUUACAGGUCCAGAGAGAUUGGCAGACAAGUGCCAUUUUAAUAAAUAAUUAUUUAAAAAAAGAAAAAAGACAAUAUGCCGACAGUCUAAUCAUAAGAUUUGUCCCAUAGGACUGUGACAUUUAUUUUCCAAAGUUUCUAAAGAAUACGGGUCUGUGGUGAUAAAUACAGUACAAUCCUUUUUCACUGUUAUGUCUUUAAUGUAAGAGAAAAAAUAUAUAUAUCUGGUUUGCAGUAUUAAUGUGGUAGGUAGAUGCUGUUUUUCAUUUUAUUGACUACGGGGUGCUUCUUGUGAUCUGUUCAGCAUAUCAAGAGUGUCCUGAAGCCUGGACCACCCCCUGUGGUUCUCAGUGCUGAAGGGCAGGAGUAUGCGGUUGACUCCGCGUGCCCGUGGCCCGCCCCCACGCGUUGAGUGCACAGCCUGGCCCUCCGGGGGCCCGGGUGUGCUCCUGGCAGUCACGCCCCUUCCCCGCCCCCUCACCCUUGUGUGUCGUGCAGACGAUUAAGCACAAAUGGAAUGUAUGUGUCCUUCCACUCCCGGGAGCGAGUCCGUGUAGCAGCGUGCACAUCCAUCUGCGUGUGUUUUGUUAGCCAAGCGUCAUAGGAUCUAUGCACUGAAACUGGAGAAGGCUGUCGGUGGUGGCCCUCUGCCGGACGUGAGGCCAGUGGUCUGCGAAGGAGCGCUGCCCUCGGCGGGUGGCUGAUGGCAGAGUGGCGGGAGAGGCAGGCCCUUCUGCUAGGAUUUGCAUCCUGGCCCCAGACGUGGGUUCGCCAAUCAAGAAACCGUUGCACUAAGAGUAGUUAGUACUGUGGACAGCUCAUGAGCUCCGUUGUGCUAGGGGGGCUUUCUGUCCUCGUAGGCUGUUGGUACAGAAAUCAAAUCCACGUUCAGUGCAGAGUCCAGGGAGGAGGCGAGCCUUCCCUGGUGCUGAUUCACGUCUGUAGGUUCCCUCAGGCCCUGCCGAUGGCCCUGCCCAUCCAGGCCUAACACUGGCCUCUGGCGCUGGGGUGUCUCCUGCUGGGGUGAGUGCCUGCCUCCGUCUUGUGUGGGGGCUCUGAGGGGCCAGGAGGGGCGGGGACACGCUGUGCGGGACGCUUGGCCUGGAUUUUGGGGGCAGCGACAAAGGGAUGACUAUUAUUUGUGUCAAUAUAUACUCAGAGUGGUGUAUGUGUGCACGCACAAUGUGGGUGUCUUAUUAAUGGCAUUAGUCUCUUCUUGCUGUACCUUUUUUUUUUUCUUUUUAAAUGACAGAAGCCUCUGCUCAAAGAAAUGUUGCAAUUCCCUGUCAUUUUAUUAUCAAGUGGCACUUUCUCUUAUUCUGAGGGACACCAGUACAGUCCACUCUUGGCUUAAAUUACUGGGAGCAUUCAAGCGAAGGAGGGAAUCUUCUCACUAAAACACUUUUAAAGUCUUCAAUGAGGUUAGUUUUCAGCCAUGUUCAGUAUCAUGUAGAACUGUGUCUCCAAGGUAUGUUUUUACCACUUGCAACAGGAUCUUGGGGGGUCGGGGCGGUAGUGGUAAAAAAAAAUUCAGUCUCCCACGCUCGCUGCCGAGUCAGAGUCUCCAGGGUGGGGGCUGGGCAUUGAGUUUGUCGCCAUCAGCUGGGGGCUUGGGCUGCCUGGAGUCUGAGAACCUCUGAUCUAGAACCUUCUGGAGAGGAUGCUCCCCCAGGCACUCCUUUGGGAAAUGCAGGAAGACGUCUUCUGAGCUAAUGUGCUGGGGAAGACUACAGGCUGGCAGAAGAUGAGACCUAAAUUCUUAAAAAAAAAAAAAAAUCAUUUUGAAGAAAAGUUUUCUUUCUAGAGGGCCAAAGUACUUUGAGACGGGUACUUUUUAUAGCCCUAGGCUUGUUUUAUAAAACUUUUACUACUUAAGAGCAUUCAUAAACCAGACGUCUCCAGCUGAGGUAGCUACAUACCUUUGUGCGUGUCUGAUGGUUCAGAAUUGAAAUGGCUGUAGUUACAAUUUCUCAGGUAAAGAAGUGUUUUCCCAAAUUCCUACCAAUCCCCCCACUAUUAGGAUAAGUUUUGAGACAGCAUGAAACCUCAGAGUACAGUAGAGUGAGUCCAAGCCCUGCUCGCGUGGAAGCCGAGAAGGACCCCUGCCUGUCUGAGCAGGUCGUGCCCACCCACCCCCCCCCCCAAGAGUGACCUUGAGGCUGGCCCGAGAGGGGCUCCGGGCACCUCGGGACUCCGCCCGUGUUUGAAGGGUUUCCUGAGGUCCGUGCAGGUUGCAGAGGUGUCUGCUCGCUGGCUUUGCCCCACCCCACUGUUAAGGAAGGUGUGCCUUGCUUUAAGCAAACUGAAUGUGAAAAUUGUGAUGUAGAGAUCUGGAUUCAUUUCAAAGGAAAACUGGGAUUUAUCUCAUCUCUUUAGAAGAGGUGUCUCAAUUAGAUUCUUAUCCUGGUACUCUUCCUAAUGUAUUUGGUAACAUUCACCCAGAGAAAAGUUAACGUAGGCCCCUGUCUUCACCACUUCCUAGUCUGUUGGACGGGCUCUCGCCCUGAUUGCUGAGUGAUGAAAGAAACCCAGGGAGAGGUGUUGGUCGCCGUGAGGAGAGCCCCCUGGCCCUGCUGAGAUGCCAUCCUGCUGUUGGUGUACUUCCUUUGAUAAGCUCAGAUGUCCCCGGUUCAGACACAUUUUAUAAAAUGCAUACCUGUACCUUUAGAAAGGGAGUGUUUGGGUUUUGGUUUUCUGCUUCAGAAAGUCUUUGCAGACACAUUUGAUGCUACGUUUUCGGGUCUGCCUCUUUUCAAGAUGGUGUUGCUUUUUGGCAGCAUUCUCACACUCCGUGCUCGGGUGUUUGCGCCCUGGAACCACAAGAGACCCCUGGCCGCUCUGCGGGCUUCCCCGGGAGGGCUGGUCGGAGGUGGAGUGACCUCUGUGUGCUGUGUGAAGUGCUGUGACUGAGGUUUACCCCAGCGUGCGCUCCUUAAAAGACACAGUUCAAGUUCAAUUACUACAGCAGGGUUGUGGGGGGGUGGGUAUUGAUGUAUAUUGUACGUUACUCUUAUUGUUGUUAAAUGCAAAUGUUGCUAUUUAUUUUUUUUUUCCCUUUCUGCUCUGGUUUGAUUUGCCUGACAAUGGAUAUUACCGUGCAUGUGGUACCUGGUGAAUAUGAUAGAAAUUAUUUCCCCCAACUUUUAUAAAUUACCUGAUGUUUACCUUCGAGUUUGCUGGAUGAUUUAUUUUUGAAAGCCACAAAUGUAAUUUUUCUGGAUGAAUUGUUUUUCUUAUAUAUGCAGCGGUGUAAUUUUGCAUUGAUCUGCAGGGUGAUUUAAAUUUUAUUUUUACAAGGCAGUUUUUCAGGCAGAUUAUAUAUUUGAUACAAUACGUUAAGGGUAGGCCAGCCAAGCGUCCUGCAGUGGGGAGACCAGACUGCCUUGAGGAGGCUCUGGAGGCCGGGGCAGCUUCUCUUGGCCGCUCGGUGCCAGGCAAGCGCUUGGCUCAUUUCAUGCAGCCGUCCCUCGGGAUCUGACGGAAUCCUUGAGUGGGACUUUGAUCUGUUGGACAGUUCAAAGGAUUUUUUCAUGGGCAUUUUCCUACACCUAAGGCAGUUCCAUUAGGAGGAGCUUUAGAAGCUGACAUAAUCCAGACAGUGGACAAUCCCAGUGGCCCGGACAAGCCAUAGAAUUUCCCUGUGACCUCUCUCUAACUCAUCUCUCACGCUCAUGAGAAAAGGAAUGUACAAAUAAAUAGAAACUUCCUCAGUGUUCAUACACCUCACUUUCAGAAUGCAGAUACCUUAUUUAUAUUUAAAGCCCUCCCCCAAAGCAACCAAGAAUAUUCUCUCUAGCUGCCGUGCCAGCAGUCGCGGCUGCAGUGACGUUUCUCAGUGUAGACACAGUGCACGUGUGACUGUGUAAUAGGGCUGUCCGUGUUACACACACAUGCUGACUUUUUGUAAGGAAAAUUUUCAACUCAAAAUAAUUGCACUGAUUUUUUGACAGCUUCCUUUUUAUUAUGUCCAACUUUGCAUCUGCUGUACUUGUUUGAAAUGAUUGUAAAUAGAUUUAGGAUAGCAGAAAUGGUGUGAAACAACAUGUUGCUUUGUUUUGGUGACUCUGCCAUGGUUUUCAGUAUUAUGUGUUAGAGCUGUGUGGGCUGCCCGCUGCCCUUCCCCCUCUGCAGCCGUGUCUGUGUGUGUGCGUGUGUGUGUCUGUCUGUGUGCGCGCGCGUGUGUUGACCAUUCAUGAAGGACAAAUUAGCCUCUUUGCCGUCUUUUUCUGGAAGGAAGUCUGUGGUCUAUCGGAAGGAGAAUGUGCUCCCUCCUUGCAGUCUGAAGAUUUAAUUCUAAGAGGAUUAGUUCUAAAUCCCUUGAAUACUUCUGGUCUGUUUAAUUCCUUGUUAUUUGCCAUGACUCCCUAAAGCAUGUGCUUCUACCUCCGUCCAGCAUUUGACAGCUCAGAGAGGAAGUGUCUGAACGGCCAAUGUUACUAGCGAGUCAGGGUCCCUCUUGCUUCUCUUUGGUCAGCCGUCAUUUGAAAGCCUUGAGGUUGCUGUUGCGUCAGAACUGUCAUUUGUGGCUUAAUCCACAGAUGCCAGGCAGACCUGAGCCCCAGUGCUGUCCGUUCCUCUGGGCCUCGCGCGUUGGCCAGAUGAGAAGUGGGGGCUCCAGCCCAGCGUGUGAUUCCACUUGUGGGCAGGCUCCCCAGUCGCAGACACACAAAGGAGCUUUUACACCCACGCCAGCCAGUCACCUGAGUGUGUGUUCCCGUCACGUUGACGCCAUCUCGGCGCCUUCACUUAAUGCUUUUUUUUUUUGGAUGUUUUGCCAUUUUGUUGUCUAAAGUGAAUGUAUUGGCUUAGCCAUAUCACUACAGAAGGUGGUUUCUCGUAAGUACCUUUUAGUUUAAAAAUAAAUAAACGCAGAUAAAGGCUACCUCUGAAUUCUCAAUAGAUUCAUGUUUGCUUUUAAGCGUAGCUGUCCACACUGAAAAUAGCCAAAAUGUUGCCUGAAUAAACAGAAUCGUGAACAUCUCUCUGUUCAGUUCUGGCUUGAACAUUGCGUGCCAUACUGUGACCCACGGGCAGUCCCCUCCCCCCACCCGGCCGUCCGGGUGGACCAGGGGCUCCUCAGGGCUGCCCAGCUCCGACGUGCUGGGACCCUCAGUGGCCGGCAGGAAGGACGCGCGAGGGCCCUUCUGCGCCGCCCUCGGGAGCGGGGCCUCGGGCAGCGGGACCCGGAAGGGACCUGCUGUCCUGGCAUUUCCCUGUCCUGUUUGAUAUAAGGAAGCACUUUUUCUUUCCUGCUUUACUUAUGAAUGGGUUGAAAGUGGCUCCUUCUCUCUCCUCCCUUUUUGUACACUCUGUAAAAUCACAAAGGUGCUUAAACACCAACUCUCGUGCAAAUAGUUCUUCUACAGUAGCUGCAUGGUUUCAAAAUGCAGUGCAGGUGUCAUUGACCUCUGACUUGGGAACCCUUGAGUGCUCUCACUCCAUACUUUAAAACGAGCCAAGGUUCAAAAGCAAAAUAUUCUGUUCAAAUCCAAGACCCUUUGUCUGAGAGGAGCACAGGGGCCAGGGCGGCAGCAUCCUGAACGGGCGGCCGUUCCCGCUGCCGGCGCCCCGGACUGGACGCCCCCUGCGGGGCGGCUGGCCUGGGAGAGCUUGGCAGCCUGUGUGAUUUACCACUUUGCCGUCAGAAAUGUGCUGUGCCCACACGCUGAUGUGGGACUAUCAGGCUCACCCUCUGCUCCUUCGCAUCUUUUCUUUAGGUUCCUCGUGUUCUCAUCUUCAGAAGGUGAGCAUUUGCUUUGAAGUCUGGAGGGACAGGCGUCUGGGUGGGAGGUGGCGGCUCCGAGCUCCUCUGGACACACCUCAACCUUGACUUUGGCCCAGAGAGAUUCCAGGGGCACCAUUAGGAGGAAGCCCUUGCCUUUAACGCCACAUGCUGUGCUAUAAUGCCCAGAGCGCCAAGUGCCCUUUGCAGUCUUAAGAAUGUGCAGUUCUGCAGUCGCGCUGUCCUGUAGACAUAGACCACCCCAAGGGGUGUGGACGUGGGGGGUGCCCGCCACAUCCACCAACCUGCUUCAGCCCAGAGCUGCUGGGCUCUUCUUCAGUGACUCGGUUUGCAGCCGGAAUUGCAGGCAGGGUUUUCUGGUGGCCCCCUGGGGCCCCAACGUGGGCCUCCUCCCUCUUCGCCACCUUUGCGCUCAUGAAAGGUCACUAAAGAUGAGGGAACUGAAGAAGAUUAUUGGUGCUUUUGUUAACAUGUUUCUGUCUUACUGGUUGCUGUGAGAAAUGCAGUGUGUUAGACCUUAGAUGGCCCUGAUGGUGUGACUGAGGGCUGAGUCCUCACCCUCAGACAGUCAGAGGAGGCUAGUUACAACUUGCUUGGAUGUGAGUAGUUCAGAGUUAAAGCUAAAACACCAAAUACUGACUACCCCAACCCCAUGUGUCUCCGGGAACCUCAUGUUCAGGCCAACCUCAUUCAGAACUUCUGGAAUCUUCAAGGUCCUCAGACCUGGAAGUCAAUCCCAGGAUCGACUUGACAAAACUGGGCGCUCAUGUGGGGAGCGCUGGGCUCCUCUGGGCUCCUCUGUGCUCUGGAGAUGCUGGCAACAACCCUAGGUGUGGGCGAGGGCAGCCCCUCUGGCCCAGGAGGCAGGUGGUGCCCAGGCCUCCCUGGCCUCUGUGGUGCCAAGUGGAGCACGCUCUGGAGACCCCAUCUCGGCCUCUGUGCCUUUCAUGUCCAAUCCUCAGCGUCCUUUCGGAAUCGCAUCAGGGCUGCGUCGUUGUUGGAAGGAAGCUGGCCCUCUGCUCUUGAAGCUGCCUCUGCUCCUUGGCUCCCAUGGACGGCCCCCUGCAGGAACCGCUGGGUUCUGGCUGGGGCCUCCUCCCAGGGCCUGAGCACAUCUGUCCACAAGACCUCUCUCUCAGUCAGGCACUGACCGUGACCACCGGCCACCCUGGGGGUUUUGUUCUCAUUCACUCAUCGAGAAUGUUGAGUGUAACGGAGUGAGACUGUUUUCAGGAAGGAAUUGGAGCCGGCACUGUGUCUUUGUGAGAUGCGUGUGGAGACUCGGAGGUCAGGUGCGUCUCAGGCGCCGGAGUCUUCUUUGUGGUGGUUUGUAACAUGCGGGGAGUGGUGUCAGCUGGAGCCCUGCACGCAGGACUCAGGCUCUGCCACCUCGAAGAUGUAGGUUUUAGCUCUGACUUUUCCAAGCCAGGUAUUGAGUUGAGCAGAUAUCUUGGCUGAUGGUCCAGUUAAAAGCCACCCUUCUCUGUCAGUGGAUGGUUUUAAGUGGGGGAAAUGACCCAAUGUUUAAACUUAAAAAGCCUUCUUGGUGGCCACCCUUGGUCCUCUCCUCUCCCCUCACCCUCCCUCCUGGAAGGCCGAGGCGCCAGCCAGCAGGGGGCUGGACGGCAAUGACCUUGGGUUCCUCUUCAAAGCCAGAUGCACAUGUGACUAGAAUCCUGGGAAGUCUGCGGUUUAGCACUGAACUGAACGUCGCCUCCUGAGUUUGAUCGUGGAUUUUAAAUGUAGUUGUUCAAGGUAUCAACUCAUGUUUUGUAAUUAUAGAGGCAAGUGAGUUUUUACUUUUUUAAAGAGUUUUAAGGGAAUAAUUGUGAGUUUCUGUGCAGCAAAGUGGCUAAUUACUCAUUAAACAUAAGAAUGUAGUGUCUAAAUCCAGAUUUUUUCUUACCUCUGGUACACUUUAGAUUGCUUACCUAAUAUGUAUUGAGGGGUUUUUAACCCUGAGUUUUAUCAACUUUUCUAGUUUUAUUUUAUUUUUAUAAAAUAAUUGAAAAAACCAAAAAUGAAUUCAAAAGUUCCAUAGGUAGAUCUUUCCCCUUAAUUUCCCACCCGCCUCCCGCAAAAAAAAAAAAAUUUUAGAAAGACAUUUUGAAUCAAAAUGUAUAUGACCAUGUAAAGUUUACUGUUUUCUAAGAAGCUGAGCAGCUAAAGGGCCUCAUUUCAGGUGGUACUGUGCGUACUGUCUGCGGACGCGUCUACCUGUGUGGUGGGUCUACGUGGCAGUGUCUUGUGCUUGCAGUAUAGAGACCGUGCAUUGCUGUUGUGUAAAUGGACAGUUCCUGUAUAAACUAGUGUUUAUAUGCAUUGGCCUCUGUAUGACUUUUCAUUUGCUACAUGAUUUGUAAAAUUAAAUAUGAAAUUAUAGUACCUACUAAAUACGCUUCUGAGGCUUCCUGUCCUUGUCUUUUAGUUUAAUACCAUUCUGUGUGUUCUGAGGAUGUUCCAUGCUUGCAUGAUGCUAGGUGGUAAUGCCACUUUAAAUUAAGCCUUAAUCGGAUAUUAAAUUUGUAAGUUUCAGAGUAUGCAAAAAUAUUAGGCAGAAUGAGUUUAAACUGUUCAGAUCAAGAUGCUAUAUCUUCAUUCAACAAGUCUCUUCUCCGGAGUUACAAAGGGAACUCUCACUGAUACAGCGCUCUCGCUCGCUGUCUGGUCUGGCUGCUGCCGUUGCUUGGUGAAAACGGACCAUUGUGCAUUUCUGUGGCAGUCGGUCAAAGACCUGUUCUGAAAGUCUUGAGACUUUGUCAGGGUUAUUUUUAAAUGUUUGAUUUUUUUUUUUUUCCCUCCAGUUUGAGAUGUUUUUAUGGCUGAUGGAGAGUAUGAUUUGGGUAUUAAUCUUUGCAGACCUGCUCAUGUUCUAAGCUUUCUUCAGGUAGUGCCACCUGUCAUUGCUUCUGCUUACGAUUAAAUGGGUUUUUGUUUUUGUAAAAGCAUCUUAAAUUUAGACAUAAAAUGGAGGGGACCCAGCUUUCUUUACAAUGUGGAUCUACCUCAGUUAAACAGUUGGGUGCUAUUUACUAAGCCUGUCAAACUAAAUUGGAAAAAGUAACAAAACAGUGACAUAUAUAACUCCACACAAAGCUUGAAAACAUAAUUUCCGUUUAUUUAAUAAUAUUUUUAUUUAUUUUGUGCCUUUCGUGUUUAAUCCUAAUACAUUGAAAAAAUCAGUAUGAAAUUAAAUAUUUUAUAUUGUACGUGGGAGAAAAAGCCCAAUUGGCCAUGGAAUCUGAGAGAUCACCCCAGCUAACUACUAACACAUACUGGAAUCCCAACUGCCCUCUUGUGAAAAGAAAAAAUUAGGCCCAAGAGCAAAUAUGACAUUUUACAAGCAAAUUUCAAACUCUUCUAUGCAUAUAUUUGUAGCUAUCACUUCAUUUUCUGUGCCAAUGAAGGGGCGGCCAAAACAGCUCACACACACUCUUGUCCUUGCUUCUUUCAUCACGCGUGCCCCCCCAUCCCCGCCCCAGGCAUAUUUUACUAGUUCAUUUCAUAAGUAACGGAUGGACUGUUGUCGAUUUAGUCUCUCCCGACCUCCUGGUGGGGGUGCGGAUAGCCAUCGACAGAGGAAGGGAGAGCCCUGGGCGGUGGGGGAGGCGAGCAGGGGUGCUGCGCAGCACCCCAGGAUUUCUGUGAGUUAGAAAAGCUUUCUGGCAGGUGAGAAAAUAAGAUAGGAGAUCGAUGACUUUCCAUGCUUUUAUAUUUGGCAGUUUACAAGUCUAGACUUUUCCUACUAUGGCAAUCUUUUUUAAUUCUUUGGAGGUAACACAAUAUUUUGGAGUCUUAAGAAUUUGAUUUUAUACCAAUAAGAAAUAAAAAUUAGGGAUCUUUCCUGUAGUAUAUAGUUUUACUAUUUUAAAGAGAUCUCUGAAUUUUACAAGAGAACCAACAUUCCUUAGUGGCAAAACUCUGAAGGUUGAUUUGGGAGGCUUUUUGCUGCAGGAUCUCAAAAAAAAAUUGGGAUGAUUCUAGUUAAAUGUUUUUUAAUUUUUAAACUUCCAUCAGGUCAAUAUGUAAGCUAUAUUUUGUAAAGAGUAAAUCAUCCUUUAGUAUGCUGCAUGUAAAGAUCAGCGUUGUUGCACUUUCUCAAUAAUAAUACAUGCCCUGCAAUUGGCUCACCAGUAAGCAUUUUGUUUUUACCUAACAAGAGUACUUUGGGGCAGGUGAUUAAAUUUAUAUAGGUACCUCAAGAAAAAACCUGAAUAUGCUGCAUUUUGUUUCUUUAGCUUGUAUAUGUAGCAUUUUGUUCUGCUCUUAUUUUUUUUGUUUAGAUAUAUGCUUUUUGGACCCCAACAGGCUGUUGAAGAGAUCUUAAAGUUACUCUUGUAGGGUUACAGUAGCCUUUUUUUUUUUUUUUUAAACUUACUGCAAUAUCUGGUUCAAAGGUUGCCCACCAGGAGAUUAUACUUUACCCAAAUACACCUGAGAAAAAGGAUACCAUGUUUAUAAGCAGACAAUAAUGUUUCCAAUCCUUUCUGUUCAUGCUGCUUUCUUAAUUCUUUUCUCCAUAUCACCAAGAGGUUGGAUGACUUACUUCUAAGGUCAGACUUAAACAUCAUGGCAUCUUAAUGUUUUCAACACAGACCUCAUAAACUUGCCAUUGAGUAAAGUAGCAUGAUCCUAAAGGUAUUGCUGGCGCUAGGCAGCCGCGUCCAUCUGGGCUCUGAAGAGCCGGUCUUGACACUUCUCUGUUCCCGGCACUCACCCUAAACUGAACAGACGGGGAGUGGUCUUAAUUGACAAAGAUUAAACUGGUGAAGAAAGCUAAAGGCUGAGACACUGAGCAUCUAUUGUGGUGUUUAAGCUUAGCUGGGUCCUUUCGAGUUUGUUUUACAGCUUACUAGAUUAAGUAGUUUGCACUAUUUUUGCAAUAAAUCCAUGGAAAACCUAACAGUUAUUUGUUUUUGUUUCUUAUUGUGUGUAUAUAAACUAAUACUAAAAAGUUUGGCAUAGUGUUUUUUUCACCUCCUUACAUAACCUUUAACAUGCACAGAAUGCUGUAAAUCUGAUAAAAUAUGAUGUGAAUGAUAUUUUAUAAAGUUAUUUUGUAUGGUGUCAAUUUUGUUUUGCCUCAUAGUAUGUCAGCAAAAAAAAUAAAAUAAAAUUCCUUGUAUUUACA